UUUAUGGUUUCAUUUACAGAAGAACAUUGAUGUGAGCCAUUCUCAAACUAGCAAAUAUUUUGAUGCUGUUGAGAGCAAUUCCAAAUAAAAGCUAAUUUGAUGCGAUAUCUCUGCAGUGUGCAUAUGUAUGUAUUUUGUAUAUCAAAAUAUCUGAUUUUAUUUUUUAUUCUCCCCCCUUCAAAUUGUCUUAAGAAAUGAUUACAAAUCUGCCUGAGGUUAUGUCAAACCAAACGAACAGGUUUGUACAUGAUUGACAAUGGUACAUAAUAAUAAGCUUGGCGAUAUGUAUUAUACGCCAUAUUUUCCAAUGAACCAUUCUUUAAUGCAUUUUCAUCUCACCGUGCUAAUUAGCCUGUAGCUCAUUGUAGCCUUCAUCUAAUGGAUUCAAAUAAUGAAAAUAGUAGGUUCCUGUCCCGUAACAAUGACAGCAUCCCAAUGUUUGGUGCUUACCUUGUUCUUUGUUUAUCUUCAACACACAAAGAAGAAGAAACGGAGGAUGCUGGUGCGCGUUCACGAGGAUGGCGGCGCGGGAACGAGCAGCGCGCUGAGUAUUGCUGUGGUACCACGAAGCAUAGACAUCAAAUAUGCCUAGAUCACGCCUUGUGCGGGUUAGCCCGUUGCUGCUGCACGUCAGCAAAUCCGUCAUAUUGGAUGUGUCAUAUCUAACGUAAUGUAAGUCAAUGGACAGAACUUCAUAAAGCAACAUCCUACAAACAAGUAUACAAAAAUUCAUGCCUCAUGCUUACUGCUAUAUAUAUUUCAAUAUUUAUCAUUAAAGUGACGUGUUGCAUACAUUGGUGACUGCAUGCAAAAAUUACGAAAAUGCACGUUUUUGGUGCUGAAUACUGAAUAUCCUAAACAAGGAGUAAAUUAUAAUCAUCACAUUAAAAAUGAUAUACGUUGUUUUUGUGCCUAUCUGUUUCCCAAACUACACACGCACACACACACUUUUGGAAACAGAAUGGCAUCACAAACAAUCAAUUAUAAUCUGAUGACUAUAAAUUCAAUGUUUAUUCCUUAUAUGUUGCUAUAGUAAAGCACCAAACCAAAUAUAUAUUUGCUGUUUUCAUGAGUGUUUACAGAUACCAAUGUAUGUAAUAUGUAAAUAGAUAAAUAUGUAAUGGUAACACGUAAUGAUAAAUAUUUAGAUAUCAAUAUGAAAUAGUUAAUCUAUUCUAUAAUAACCUGUUCCUGAAAUCUAUGUGUGACGUGGGAUUCUGAAUAAAGAGCGCCAAGUUUGCAUUUUGACAGAUAUUGAUUAGUCAUUUUUAUAUUCAGUGAUUUAGUUACUAAUAAUGGCAAGCACUUAAGACAGCUACCAAAAAGAGUACCUGUAGUUAUUUCGGGGCUAUUAAAAACUAUUUUAUAAUGGCUAAAAACAAUAAAAAGUCAGCGUUCAGUCUUCCCAUGAGUUCUAGCUUUAAAGCGGUAUUCGGUGGCUAUAGCUCUGAACGCAGCAAAUGAACGAGGCAUCUUGAGCGUCGCUCCUCUUUGCCACAUCCAAGAUGACGGAGAAGUUGACGUACGACGAAGCCAGUUCAAGGUAUAAUUGAUGUCCAUUGGUACCAAGCCAGUGUGUAGGUUGUCUCGAGCUAGUUCUUCGAAUUAAAAUGUAUAUAUAUUUACCACAUCAUAUUUAGCUAUAUGUGUAUAUCUAGCUGACUAGAUGUGUAGCUAUAUAUCAAAUUGGCUAACUAUUUAUCAAAUUAUCGAGCUAACUAUCCAAGUAGUUACGCCCAAGUACACUAGGUAGCGGUAGUGCUACGAUAUAUUUGAACGUGAACCGCUGUUCGGCGAAGAAGAAGAAGAAAGGUACCAGGAAACACGGUGCGCUUUAUUUGUAGUCACAAGUUGAAAGUCGAACAGUCUUUUGGUGGUCAUGGCGUUUGUUUGCAGAAAUGCUGCCGCACUGCUGAAAUUGAGCCGAGCAACACCCGCCUUGCUCUCGACUGCCGUCCGCCUGUGCAGCUCGGGUGUCCACUAUGAGUAUAUUAUGGUGGAGAAGCGAGGAGAGAAGAAGAAUGUGGGUUUCAUCCAGUUGAAUCGCCCUAAAGCUCUCAACGCGCUGUGUGAUGGCUUAAUGAAGGAGGUGGGUCAGGCCUUGGACGCCUUCGAGAGCGACGGAGACGUGGGUGCCAUCGUCAUCACUGGCAGCGAAAGGGCGUUUGCAGCCGGAGCGGACAUAAAAGAAAUGCAGAAUCGAACUUUCCAGGAGUGUUAUGGGGGGAACUUUCUGGCUCACUGGAACAGAGUAUCCACUGUGAAGAAGCCUGUGAUUGCUGCUGUCAACGGAUUUGCAUUGGGAGGAGGCUGCGAGUUGGCGAUGAUGUGUGACAUCAUCUACGCUGGAGAGAAGGCACAGUUUGGCCAACCAGAGAUCAUGUUGGGGACCAUCCCUGGGGCAGGGGGCACCCAGCGUCUGACCCGUGCGGUGGGCAAGUCUCUGGCCAUGGAGAUGGUGCUGACAGGAGACAAAAUUACUGCCCAAGAAGCUAAGCAGUCAGGUUUGGUGAGUAAAAUUUGCCCCGUUGACCAGCUGGUGUCUGAAGCGGUGAAAUGUGGUGAGAAAAUUGCCACUAAUUCCAAACUGGUGUCCGCCAUGGCCAAAGAGGCAGUUAAUGCAGCCUUCGAACUGACUUUGGCCGAGGGCAAUCGUUUGGAAAAGCGUUUGUUCCACGCAACGUUUGCUACGGAUGAUCGUAAGGAGGGUAUGACUGCAUUUGUGGAGAAGAGAAAAGCCAAUUUUCAGGACAAGUGAUCUGCUGAAGAAACUCCAAACCGAUCAUUGUGCUACUUGUGCACCAAGUUGAUUGAUGGCAGUAGAACAUGGAAGAUGUUUUAUCUCCCUGUUAAGGACUAGACCUGUGGAAUUUCAUCUAGCCUAUCAGUGAACACAUAUGAUAUUCCUGUUAUAUACCAUCAUAAACAUGGAAUAACAAAGCAAACAGAUCUUGUAUGUACUACAAAAAGUGGCAAUAUGGUUGGCAUUUUCCAUUUCAAUAAGUUCCCUAUUAUAAAAGGGUGAAUUCGGAUUUGAGUGAUUUAGUGCACGUUAUUUAUUUUGUUUUGUUUUUCCAGCUUGCAGCCCUGACAACUGAGGGCGCAGUUUAUGUACAAUAAAAGUUAACCAGUUGGAUGGUUUCAAGCCUUUUUCACUCUCAACAUAAGUGUGCCUUUUUCUGAAGUUUCUUGUCUGUGUACAUUUUGCAAAUAAAACCUAAUAAUUGGUGUCUA